CACUACGAAUGUUUUGCUCCUCAACUUUAUAAUAUUUUCAAUUCUCGUCACAAUAAAUCAGAAUAUCAGUGUUUUUUUCGGUAGAAAAAUAAAAGGCUUUUCUCUGCAACCAUAGAACGGAGAGUCGAAUAUUAGUUUGUUGAAAAGCUCCACUUUAAACUAAAUAUCAACGACUGCGCGCUUAUUACGGUGGAACACAUUCUAGUGAAACCGGCCGGAGUUUCGCGAUACCUUCCUAUUUAUUUCGAAUGGAUCUUCUACGUUGAAUGUCUAGUAACAGAUCGAAGGAUCCUUGCAAAGUAUCAGCCUGUCGGAUCCAGACUUGUCUGAAAGAACACAAUUUUGACGAAACCCGAUGCUAUGGAGUGUUGGAGGACAUGCGCCAGUGUUGUUUGAAGUGGCACAAAGUAUCGCUCUGUUGCUCCGGUAUCAAACUGGACCGUGAUUAUUCUCUGGAUCAGGCUGCCGCCGAUCGAGAAAGGAAAGAAAAACUGAACAAAUAGAUACAUAUACAUAACUGAACAAAUAGAUAAAUAUACUGGCAAUGAACUACGAUCCGCGCCGACGAGUUAUUGCCCCCAAGCGUAACUGGAUUCAACGCAACCCCCGACUGUUCACAAGCAUCUUCAUCUCAUCUGCGCUGUUG